AUGACGAAGAAUGGCGGCACUCCUAGCUCAGAUAUUGCUCCCUCGCUCCAAGAGAUCAUGAACGUGAAGAUGGAGCAGGUCGACGCCAGCUCUCCCCUGCUCCCAAACUCGUCCUCGCCGGACUCUUCUUUCCAGGCUAGUGUCUCUGCCGAUUCUAUUUCUACGUCUUCCUCCGUCGCUCUGGACAACAGUUCGUUCGGUCGCUCAGCAACAGGUAAUAGAGGCAAAGCGAAGGGGAAAGCGCCUGCGAAGCUGAGGGCUCCACCCAAGAACACGAAGACGCAGAAGACAAGGAACACGAAAGUCAAAACUGAAGCAAAGGAGCCACCUGUUAAUAUGCGAUACACCCCAGACCCCGCGGCGCCUGUUCCAACGUCCGCACCUCCUGGUUUGCCCCAUAGCUAUCUCUUGCCUAGCAUUGCUCCGCCGAAAAGGUCGCCUGUGACCACAGCUAUCUUCGAGACGCCUGCUAUCUCGCGAAGUCGUCUUUCUGAAGUCACGACCCAAGAUUACACGAUGUAUGUGCCGCCUGGAGACACCAGUGUUCCUCUGGAAAAUUCCUACUACCAGCCAACGUUUUCGCGUUCAAAGUCUCAACGAAACGCGGCGUACCUGCAAGGUCCUGUAUUUCGAAACGGAUGGAAUAAUCAUGGCCCAUCUGCAUACACACCUCGGUCGUCUGGUCGCAAUGUCUCUGCUUCUGGGACUCGUGGCGACUUUGGAACUGCCUUUGUCCCCCCCGGCAUGUCUGGAGCUCCUCCGCAAUCAUUGAACGUUGCACCACAAGCCUUUGAGUAUCUUGGGGCUGCUUCUGAUUGGGAGCAAUACGCUGCACCAACGCUGCAUUCCUCUUCGCAUUAUCAUACAGGCCCUCAGCACGCAAACACGAGCUUCGUGAAUCAACUGUGUAAGGAGCCAUGUGAGGAUCAAGUCUACAUGGGCUACGAACAUACGUUUCAGCAAGAAGUCAUCGAUUUGCGACAUCAAAGCUUCGGUGGUGUGACAAUGAGCGCGAGCUCUUCCAACACGACGCAAGAUACUCUAGAUAACGCCCUGAAUCCGAACUUAGCACCUCUCAAGCAUUUGACGGAUGUUCUUGCAGAUUUCAAGGCCGACGACGGAUCUUACACGGCGUUAAUGGCUCACGAAUGGCGCGACAACCUGCUGAGCCGUUUGCUCAACGAAGAUCUCAACCCUUUCCAGGCGGCCAUGGGACUCUCAUUGCUUUCGAAACUUGGGUUCCUCUGCGGCCAAUGA